CUUUUCGGCUCCCGGGCGUGCGGUCAAACAAAAGAGAAACAAGGGAACUCCCGCCUUUCUGCGAAAAUCCAGGGAAGAUCAGCGUAUGCCAAUGGUGUGAUGCGUGUAGGUAUACAGAGGAUACUUCGCGUGCGCUACACUUUGCGUGAGCCGAGCUGGGAGCGCUAGCAAAAGUUUUCGUUUGUGGGACAACUCCCUCACUACCUGUAGCUGUAGUUCUGGCCGUGAUGGGGCCCCAUGAAACCCACCAAGGCUUCGUAAGUAGCCAUACCAUGCAUCGGGAAGGAGGCGAGGAUCAUUGAAUGUCUGAACGCAAGGUGGCGGUGCCGUAGCUGGAGCUGGCACAAUGGUGUGUUUGUGCUCUGCUCUGAGAAAUUGCCAUCUUUCGGGGCUGCUGCUCGUAUCCUUCUAAAGCAGCUUCUAGAUGGGUUGCAGAACGCUUCCAGAAAGUGGCAAAGCUAGAUCAACAUAGUAACAAUCUGCAGAAGGACAUCGCUCAAGAUUGAGCCCCCAUUGAAGCCGCAUCGCUCCGCGUGCCUGCGUUGGGCGAUUGGAGUCUCCCAGAGCGGAGGGUUUGGAGCGAUCAACGGGCUUGGUGGGAGGCGGGGCCGGCGGCGGGGUUUAGGGUUUGGGAAAGCCCUGGCAGGGGUGCUGGUGGCUCUCUUGGGCAGGCGCUUCAAGAUGGCGUAUAACGUGUUCCGCUUCUGCACAGGCCUGAAGGUGGUUGGAUCUCUGAUGAUCCUGGUGGUCCUAGGAGUGGUUGGUGUAUCGUACUAUGCUGUUGUGGCGGCAUCGUACGGGCCCGAGUUACUAGACGGGGGGGGCAAGGCAGCGGGGGCGCUCCUAGUGAUCCUUGCGUUCCAUGUGCUGCUUUUCAUGCUGCUCUGGUCGUACUUCGCCGUCGUUUUCACUGACCCUGGGGGGGUCCCUUCCGGCUGGCGGCCGCCCCCCCAGGAGCAGGACGAAGAGCUCGGGGAGACUGCGCCGUUUUCGGGGGCGGUUCCGUCCCAGGGGGCUCCAGACAGUGCUGCAGGGGACCCCCCCGGGGGAGCGGUUGGCGGCAGGCGGCCGCGGUACUGCAGGAAGUGCAUGGCAUUCAAGCCGGCGCGAUGUCACCACUGCUCAGUUUGCCAGCGGUGCAUCCUCCGAAUGGACCACCACUGCGUGUGGGUCGUCAAUUGCGUCGGGGCCAAGAACUACAAGUUCUUCCUCUUGUUUCUGCUGUACACCUUUCUCGAGUGCACGCUGACCGCCGCCGCGCUGCUCCCCCACUUCAUCUUCUUCUUCCAAGACGAGGACCAGCAGGCCCAGUCCGCCAGCAACCUCGCCACCGUGUUCCUCGCCUUUGUCCUUAACCUGGCGUUUGCCCUGAGCGUCCUGGGCUUCCUGGUGAUGCACACGUCGAUGGUCCUGAGCAACACGACCACCAUAGAGGCUUUUGAAAAGAAAGUGGGGAGCCGGUGGCGGUUUGAUGUUGGGAAGCGGAAAAACUUCGAGCAGGUCUUCGGUUUGAGGCCCCUGAUUUGGCUCCUCCCUUUGUACACCGAAGAAGACUUUCGGCGUAUUCCAGCUUUGAAUGGACUUGACUUUCCAGUCCGGUCAGAUCUAGAGUCCCAAGAUCGAUGGUGACCGUUGACACAUGUGGGUGUCCAGGGUUCGAUGCCUAUGUCGGAACUAGAAGUUGGUGCAUACGAAGUUCAGUAGUUUGAAAUUGUGACUUCCAGGUCCCCGUGUAAAUAAGUGUCGAUCAGCGAAACCAUGACGUUGAUGAAAAGGCCUUGUGUUCCGGCAUGUUGUAGGUAUGCUGGCCACUAAGAAAGGGUCAAAGGUGAAAUCAGAGGUUCCGUGACCGUUGCCCACCGCAACCGAUAGGUGAAUUAGUGAUCCCUUUUGUUCGAUUUCCGGAAAGAGUCGGCAUCCGGCUCAUGCAUGCCAGCUUGUAAGCGACACACAGGUACGGUUCGACAAGUAUUGGCUGGCCGUGGCCGGGAUGUUUUGAGCCCAAUGUGAGCCUCCACGCCCUUAUCAUCAGGC